CUUUGGUCAUGCAGCCUCACAGUCCCUACCAAAUGGCCAACACCUAUCACACUUCUUCCUCAUCCACUCUAAGCCCUAAUCACACUCCUCACCAAUUUCAUCAUCUUCAACACUGCGACUAUCCUCAAACUCACCACAACCAACAUUCUCACCAAUUCUUCCAACAACAACCCCAGCAUCUGGGAGCGCUCGAUUCUUCUCUCGACCCCCAAGAACAAUCCACAACCACAGCAUCGUUUUGGAAAGCUUUCAACACUGUGCUCUCUGAUGCAAAGGGGAAGCACCAAGAGGUGAAUGAGAACAUCGGGGAUCUUGAAGAUGUGUACAAAAAGGGUCGUAACGAAGACGCAUCACGUGCAGUGAUGAAUGAGUGGGAAAUGUUAGCGACGGAAACAGUUGAGACGGAGGGCGGAGGCGCGAGGAGGAGUGGGAAAAGGAGGAGAAAGAAGAGAGAAGAAGAAAAAAUGGUUUCGUUUUUUAAGAGGUUGGUGAAGCGUGUGGUUAAGCAGCAGGAGGUUCUGCAGAACAAAUUGGUGGCGACGAUUGAGCGAAUGGAGAAAGAAAGAGCGGAAUGGGAAGAAGGUUGGAGGCGUCGAGAAGCGGAAAUUCACGAUAGAGAAGCGCUUAUGAAAGCACGAGAACGAGAUCUGGCUUCUAAGAGAGACUCUUCCAUUGUCUCCAGCUUAGAGAAAAUAACCGGUCAAAGGUUCGUUCUUGUUUCUGGGAAAGGUCAUCACGACCAAUUAUCUACCAUACAUGAAAAUUGACAUCUACCGUAUUUGUUUGCUUUUGAUUUUUCAUUUCUUUUUUGUGAUUUGUGGAAGUUAAUAAAUACAAAUUUGAGGUUAAUCUUUUGAAACGUGCUAAUCAAGGAUAAAAAUGGCUUUAGUGAAAGAACACUGUUUUGAGGUUGUCUUGUAGAUGUUGAGAGAAUCCUGCAACAAAGUUGGGUAUUGCUGUUUGGAUUCUCUGGUAUGUUAUGUUCACAGAUCUUGUAAGUACUUCAGGAUAGUAGCACUUUUUCAGUGACGACCAUUAUUUUUGUUUUUACUCCCACCAAAUUUCUAGA